AUGAAUCCAGAUAAGAACGAUGUCGACGUUGAGUCGGAGGGCGAAAAGCUCAAAGAUGAUGAGCGCACCGGACGCUCCCAGACGAUCACCUUCGAGAAAGGCGCUCCCACCGAAGGACUUCGAUCGAUUUACCAGCCAACUCAGGUCACUCGGACCCGCUCGCUAAGCCGUGAUACCAUUCACAGCACUAGAAACAGCAUGCAGGGAAAUGCCGAACUGCCAAUUGAGUUCCGAACCCUCUCCAUUCAGAUCUCGGAAUCCCAGAACGCCCCCAAGGAGGCUAUUAUCGAUGUCCCAAAGGAGAAGCAGCCCCACCAAGACUAUUUCGAGAGCUUGGACUACCACAUCAUCUCCGCUGAUAAGCUUUGUCAACAAUUCAAUGUCGAUCAGCGUGUUGGAUUAAGCUCGUCCGCUGCGGCCACACGUUUGCAGCGGGACGGCAAGAACGUCAUCGCCCACCAUCGCGAGAACUAUCUCAAGAAGAUCUUCUGGUAUAUCUUUGGUGGUUUCUGCUCUGUUCUUUGGGUUGGAGUCAUCGUCUUCUUUAUUUGCUGGAAGCCUCUCAGCGACCCACCCUCGCCUCAAAAUCUUGCCAUGGCUGUCCUCAUUCUCAUUGUCAUUGCUUUGCAGGCAGGCUUUUCAGCUUUCCAAGAUUGGUCCACCGCGCGUGUCAUGAACUCCAUCCUAGGCCUCCUUCCCGCAGAAGCCACGGUGAUGCGGGAUGGGAAACUCAUCCAUCUCCCCGCCUCGGACCUGGUUACCGGUGACAUUGUUCAAAUCACAAUUGGAAACAAGGUCCCAGCGGACAUGCGUCUCUUGACCAGCUCGGGCGAUGUUCGCUUUGACCGUGCUAUUCUUACUGGUGAAUCGGACGAGAUUGAAGGUGCCAUUAAUUGCACCGAGAACAACUUCUUGGAGACUCGCAACAUUGCCCUGAUGGGAACCGGUGUCACUAAUGGCAAUGCUAUUGGUGUUGUUGUUUUAACCGGCUCCAACUCCGUCAUGGGUCGUAUUGCGUCCAUGACAGCUGGUGUCAAGCAAAAGCCAACCUUGAUUCAACGCGAGAUCAAUCGCUUCGUUACCAUUAUCGUCGUUCUUACAAUCGUAUUGGUGCUACUCAUCGUCUUCACUUGGCUGGGAUGGCUGCACCGGGAUCACCCUUCCUACAUGAGCGUUGUCGCCAUGCUCAACAAUGCCAUGGGAAGUGUCGUUGCCUUCAUCCCCGAAGGUGUACCUGUCGCUGUCGCCUUGACCCUCAUGAUGGUUGCCAAGCGAAUGAAGAAGAACAACAUUUUGCCUAAGGGACUGGCCACCGUUGAAACUCUGGGCUGUGUGAAUGUCCUCUGCUCUGACAAGACCGGUACUCUUACUCAAAACCGCAUGUUUGUCAAGUCACUCGGAAUGGUCGACUGGGAAUACAGCCUCGAUGAUCUGACUCCUGGCGAGUUCGGAACCGUUGAUCUUCCCGAAGGCCUACGAAAUAUGCUGCGCGCAUCUGUUUUGUGCAAUGACGCUGUCUUCGACCCGACUACUCUGAACUUGCCCAUUCCUGAACGUGCCGUCAAUGGUAAUGCCACCGAUGCCGCAGUCUUAAGACUCGGUGAAAGUGUUGGAGUGACCAGCCCAACUGCCCUGGCUCCAUAUGAACGUGUGCAUCAGAUUCCUUUCAACUCAAGGAAUAAGUGGAUGCUCACCCUGCACCGUGAUCCCAAAUCUACCAAAGAGUUCCUUCUCUACGUCAAGGGGGCUCCAGAUGUGCUGUUGGAUCGUUGCGCUACUUACUGGUCUGCUACUCACGAUGCGGUCCGCCCACUGGAUGCUGCGGCACGCGAGAAGUUCUCCAACUACCAAGCUAAACUAUCACGCCGCGCAGAGCGAGUCAUUGUUAUCUGCCAACGUCGCUACAUUCCCCGGUCUGUCCCUGGCUCUAACGAUUUCACCAAUGAGAUGAACGAGAAUGGUGUGCAGGAUCUCACCGUCCUCGGUAUCUUUGGUAUUGUCGACCCCCCACGCCUGGAGACGGCUUCAACUGUCGCAGCUUGUCGCAAGGCCGGUAUCCGUUUCUUCAUGGUUACUGGUGAUUUCGGAUUGACUGCCGCUGCCAUCGCUCGUGAGAUUGGAAUCUUUGACGGAGCAGUCGAGCCAGACACCAUCGAUGAUAUCAAGGACGGCCUGGAUUCAUCAAUGGAGACCAAAGUUCCCAGGUCACGACACAGCCUGCUUCUUGAAGGACCCGGCUUGUCAUCGCUCGCUACGGACGAUUGGGAAACAGUUUGCGGUUACGAAGAGAUUGUCUUUGCUCGCACUACUCCUGAGCAAAAGCUCCGAAUUGUGACAGAACUCCAGGCUCGUGGUGCCGUCGUUGCUGUGACAGGUGACGGUGUCAACGAUGCCCCAGCCCUGCGUGCAGCAGAUGUCGGUAUUGCAGUCGGAUCUGGCAGUGAUGUUGCAAUUGAGGCAGCCGAUCUCGUACUCUUGGACAAGUUUGACUCUAUCAUUGAGGCUAUUCGUCUUGGUCGUUUGGUCUUCCAGAACCUGCAGAAGGUUAUCGCCUACCUCCUCCCAGCAGGUAGUUGGUCUGAGAUUUGGCCUGUGCUCAUGAACGUCUUCUUCGGUUGCCCUGCACCGCUCAGUACCUUCCUCAUGAUCAUCGUCUGUGUGUUCACUGAUCUAUUCGUCUCUCUUGCACUUAUUAUGGAGAAAGAAGAAUUCGACCUCCUCAGCAUUGCCCCUCGCCGUCCCACCAAAGACCACCUCAUCAACCUCCGCAUCUACGGCCAGUCAUACCUGUUUGUCGGUGUGAUGGAAGCAUUCAGUGCCCACGCCAUGUUCUUCCUCUACAUGUGGCGUCACGCCGGUAUUUCCUUCUCCGACCUCAUCUUCGCCUUCGAGUCCUACGGCGAGGGCUUCCACGGAUACACCGCAGACGAGCUGAACCACUUCGUCGCCGUCGGCCAGUCCGUCUACUUCGUGUGCCUGGUCAUCAUGCAAUGGGGCAACGUCUUGUCUAUCCGUAGCAAGCGCAUGUCCCUCCUCCAGGCGGAUCCCAUCCGUCCAGCCCGUCGCAACAACAUCUUCGGCACAGCCUCUGUCCCCAUCUUGUACUGGUGCAUCCCGCUUGGUCUUGCAAUGGGCGUCCUCUGCAUGGAUGAACUGCGCAAGCUCCUUGUCAGACUCUUCCCCAAGGGACCUGUUGCCUGGCUUUCGUGGUAG